CUUACGAAUUGUAUGAUUAAAAUAAAAGAAAUAUCUACGCAAAAUAUCGAAAAUCAAUUGCAAAGGAAGGAAAUUCCCAAAAAUCAGAUUACCGCCAUACACGAAAUAAUACAAGCUGCAAAGCAUAAAAAUCCUAAAGGUCGAAGAUAUCAUGAAGAAUGGAUUCUAUUAUGUAUGCUUAUGCAUAUGAAAUCACCGGCUGCUUAUGAAUUCCUUCGAAACAAUCAAAUAUUACCUGUUCCAUGUGUUAGGACUAUACGCAGAUAUCUUUCUUUAAUUGACACACCGUGUGGUUUUGAUAAAAAUUUUUUUGAGAUGUUCAAAUCAGCUUUAAACAAAAAAGAAGAAAAACAAAAGCAUGGUGUAAUUCUUCUUGACGAAAUCUAUCUUAGAUAG